AUGAAUAGUAACUCAAAAUACAAUGACAUCACUAAAGGAGUAAACUCACUUCUGCAAGGUUUGAGAGUACAAUUGGACGACAUACUGAUCACUUAUCAAGUGACGGCAUUGCAAAGGUUCCUGGUAAAAUUGACAGCUCAAACUAAGAACCUUUUCGUUGAGUUGUUUCAAGGACAGAAGGGGCAAAUACAGCAUGAGGACAUCAUAUUUAUAUUUGAUGAAUUAUGGGGUUUGAUUUUAGAGCCAAUUUGGCAAUGGUUUAGUAAAUGGAGAGAUAUGUUGUUCUUCCAAGGGAAGAUAGAUAAGACGAAAUAUGUCCAGUUUGGUAGAAUGAAACGAUCGCUACGCAGAUCAUUUAAACUGAUUCAUAGAUUUUACUACUGGAUCAUUGAGUAUAUUGUGAGUAGAUACGACACGAGAUUAAUAAUCCCGAAAAUAGUGGUAUCUCAACUAAACCUUUCUCCGACUGCAUCAUCAACCCCUGUAAAGUUGGAAAAAAUUGAACAAAGUGGGAACAUAACUGUCCUUAUUGUGACCACUUUCCAUUGUUCUUUGAAUUAUUUGGGAUUGACACAUUAUCACAUGAGCCUUAUUGAAAAGACUUCAAACGUUUAUUUGAAGGAUGAUUUCAAAAAGUCAGAAAGAUACAUUGAUCUGGCUAUCACAUUACUACCUUCUAUGGGUGUGUCGUAUGCUAACAAGGCUAUGGUUAGCUUGCGAUAUAAUGAUUUUACUUCAACAAUUUUUGAAGCUAUAAGAGGAUCAUUGAUACGUUUACCUGAUUUGAAUUAUUGUACUAAAAUAUAUGCAGAUUUAAUACUGUCAUAUGAUACUGCUACAAAUAAGCAAUAUAACAGACUAUUCCUUGAGACUAGUAGAAAUACCUCCGAAAAUUCACCAGAUCAACAACAAAGGAAAAUACUAAGAUCUUAUUUUUUAGCCAUAUUGGGAUCAUAUUUGGCACCUGACAUUUGGUCAGAUGAAGCAAAUCCAGAAUAUCUGAAAAAUAAUUUCAAAAUAUCUCAAAUUGAAACAUAUUUCUUUGAUUCAUUAGCAACUUCUACUACUUUUGCUGAUUUAGACAUAAUAUUCAAAUAUUUAAUAAUCAUUAUUGGUUCCACCCAUUUACAAUUAUUCUACCAUAAUGGAGAUUUUGGCACAAUAACGCAUUUAAAAGAAUUAUCAAAGCAAGAACUCUCGUUUCUUAAAUUUACCUUCAAGUUUAUUACAAUGCUUUUGAAAAAUGUCAUCUUAGGAAAAUGGGAAAAAUAUUUCAAAGAAUAUCAAUAUUUAGCGAUGGUAAGGGUUAUUAAUUGUUGGAUUAAAUCAAACAUUGCAAUAUUAAAAUUUGCUCAUAGAGAUGAAAGUUUUUGUCAAGCUAUGGCAGAGUUAUUAAAUGAUAUAUUUGAAAGCAAAUACUCAAAUCAUCUUUAUAAAAUUUCAAAAAGACCAACAAGAGCCGGAUAUUUUUUUCAAGAAGAUAUAUUACUCAAAGAAUUCUCUUGUGUGAAUUUUGCGCUCACAGACUUCAAUGAUGUGGAAUUAUUUAGAAUGCCGGAUUUAUUGAAUAGAAUAGUCUGGCCUCCCGUAGGUUAUAGAAAUGAGAAUGUUGAGAAAUCAGGCAACGAAGUAGAAAACAUGUGGCGUUUAGAGGUUGUUGUUGUGUCUGGUAUGAAAUUCUUGAAAAAUGGUCCGUCGGGAAUUCGUUGGAAUGAGGCUGUCGCCCAAUAUCAGUGGUCGAAAGAAGAAAUGUCCAAUGCACAUGAUCCUAUUUCCCUUUUAAAAUUGGGAAAAAUUAUGGAAGAUAAAACAUUAAAAAAUCAAGGCACCUCUAGAAGCCACAAGUCUACUAGAGGUUUAUCGAUAUCCAAGCCUAAGCUUAAUUCAUUCAGUAUAUUGGAGGCGCCUACUAAAAAAAACGAAGAAGACUGUAAUGAACUUGUAGACUCCGACGAAGAUGACAUGCAAACCUAUGAGGACACCAGUGAAAUUGUAGAUCUUACUAUCGAUGAAGUGGUAGAUCUUACUGUCGAUGAAGUUGUUGAUUUAACCCAGGAUGACGACAUCUCAGGUUGUAAGAACGAUAAUUUGGUUGACACAUCAGAAAUUUUAAAGAACUUCAAUCAACCGGACCAUUUUAUGGCAAACAUAAGUAUUCAAGUGCCGCAGACACCAAGUGAAGAUGUUCCUUCUGGCGAAGAGCAACCUUUUGAAACCGGAAGCCAAAAGGGUGCCGUUAAUGAACCGUUAACGACAUCUAGUCAAAGCCAAUGUACUUCCAACUUAACCGUGGUUGAGUCAUAA